AUGGAGUUUGGCCAUCAAGGAGCUCCAUCGCCGUGGCACAGGGAAUUCACAAAUGACAGAUCGUUUGAUCCACCCUACCGGCCUUCAAUGGCGACGUAUGAUUACAGUUUAGAAAGAAGACCUGCAGAUCCGACGAUUCCACUGCGGUUUUCAAGGGAGAAUGAAGCACUCCAUUCCUUCGCAAGAACGGUUGCAUUACCGUUCACUAACAAAAUCCUGAAUGCUCCGAAUCCGAGGAAGUUUUCCAUGCCAGUAUUCAUUCUGUUCGAUAGAACGACCGAUCUGAUCGAUCACAUUUACCACAUUCAGUUGAAAAUGGCUUUGAAUACGAACAAUGACCCUUUGAUGUGCAAAUGCUUCCCUAUAAGCUUUUCAGGGCCAGCCCUCAACUGGUUCAAAAAUCUGACUCAAGGUUCAAUCGCUAGUUUCCAAGACUUGUGUGAUAAGUUUAUCAGCCAAUACUAUGGAAAUAAACGUCUGGUUAAAGAUGUAUCAAGCCUGUUUACAAUGAAGCAUAACGAAGAUGAACAACUCCAGGCUUUUCUCACCAGGUUUAACCUUGUCAAGAGUAUGGUUAUGGAGUGUCAUCCAUCAACAGCAGUUCAAGCGUUCAAGUUAGCAAUGACCCGAGGGAUACCAUUCCACACAAGUCUAGUGGUGAAUACGCCGAAGACUAUGGAUGAUCUGAAUGAGAGAGCCAAUGGCUUCGUGCGUCUAGAAGAAGAAAAAAUAGCUAAUGCAAGGAAGACAUCUAUUAUCUCCACAGAAGAGAAGUCCAAAGCCAAGAUUCGGCAAAAGCAAGCUCUGCAGCGUCAGACCUCCUAG